UGAUUCAACGACGUGGCAUGAUUUGUGAGAAAAAAGAUCAACGUCAGCUGCUACCUAUUGCGACCCUAUCGAUCUCUCUUCUCAAAUUCAAAUCGAAGCCAAAGAAAGAAAGAAAAAAGUUGAACUCAUACGAAUCUGAAUUUUGCAAAUUGAGUGUGCGUGAUUCGGCGAUUAAUUAAAUAUGGCAUACGAAGAAGUUGCAAUAGAAGCAAUCAAGCAUGCUUUAAAGGCCCUAAGGAAGCGGCAUUUAGUGGAAGAAGGUGCUCAUGCCCCUGCUUUGGCUGCCCUCAAUAGGCCGCUGGUUUUGCAGGGUUCAGAGUGGAAAGAGAAAGCUGAAAAUCUUGAAGUGGAACUUCAACAAUGUUACAAAGCUCAAGCACGACUGUCAGAGCAGCUUGUGGUGGAAGUUGCUGAAUCCAGAGCAUCAAAAUCUUUAGUUCAAGAGAAGGAAGCUCUCAUUAAUGACCUUCAGAACUCUCAAAAUCAAACAAGGAAUGAAUGUUCACAUUUAACUGAACUUCUUGAGGAAAAGACUAAAGCUUUGGAAUUGCUUAUUUCCGAGCACCAGGAUCUUACAGCACAACUUGAAGCAAUGACUCUGAGAGCAAACAAUGCUGAGGCAGAAAAUAGAACGUUGGUUGACCGAUGGAUGCUGCAGAAGAUGCAGGAUGCUGAGCGCCUUAACGAGGCUAAUGCUCUCUAUGGAGAUAUGCUUGAUAAGGUCAAGGCCUCCAGUAUAGAAAAACUUGCUCGUCAACAAGUGGAUGGUGUGGUCCGCCAAAGUGAAGAUGGUGCAGAAUUUUACUUAGAGUCUUCCAUUCCUAGUACAUGCAAGCAAAGGAUUCCCGCCCAUGAUGGUGGAUGUGCCUCGAUUCUUUUUGAGUAUAACUCCAGUAAAUUGAUAAGCGGUGGGCAGGAUCGGGCAAUUAAAAUGUGGGAUACUACAAGUGGAUCAUUAACCAACAGUCUUUAUGGUUGUCUGGGUUCUGUCCUUGAUCUUUCCAUUACACAUGAUAACAAGUUUAUCAUAGCAGCAAGUAGUUCAAAUAACUUGUAUGUGUGGGAUGCAAAUUCAGGAAGGAUACGCCAUACUCUUACUGGGCACAUAGACAAGGUUUGUGCAGUCGAUGUGAGCAAAUUUUCAAGUCGUUGUGUGGUGAGUGCUGCAUAUGAUCGCACAAUAAAAGUUUGGGAUCUGCAGAAGGGUUACUGUACCAACACUAUCAUAUUUCACAGCAACUGUAACAGCCUUUCGUUUAGCAUGGAUGGAUUGACUAUCUGUUCCGGUCAUGUUGAUGGUAAUCUUAGAUUAUGGGAUGUUCAAACAGGCAAGCUUCUGAGCGAAGUUGCAGCACAUUCACAGGCUGUUACAUCAGUUUCACUCUCUCGAAAUGGAAACAUGAUAUUAACCAGUGGGAGAGACAACUUGCACAAUCUAUUCGAUAUUCGCACCCUUGAAAUUUGUGGCACUUUCAGAUCAAAUGCAAACAGAGUUGCAUCUAAUUGGAGCCGAUCCUGUAUCAGUCCAGAUGACAGUUAUGUAACUGCGGGUUCUGUUGAUGGAUCUGUUCAUAUUUGGUCAGUAUCAAGCAAUAAAAUGGUGAGCACAUUGAAAGAACACACAUCCUCUGUACUUUGUUGUUCAUGGAGUGGUCUUGGUAAUCCUCUGGCUACCUCAGAUAAGAGUGGAAUCGUAUGUAUUUGGUCAUGAUAAUCACUUCUAAGAUUGCUCAGUAAUUCAGAUUUUCAGUCAGGAUCAUGAGUGUCAUUGUUGAUUUUGGUUUGAUUAAAGCACAAAGUUGGUCAUCAUAUUGAUUGUGAAGCCACAAAUGGGCAUCGUCCAUAUAUAAAAAUCAUGCCAAAAUGGACUGACAUUGUAAAUACCACAUUAAGCUUUUAAGCUGAUUUUUUUUUUUAAAUAUCUUUAGUUGAUAUUGAUUGUAUUGUGGAUAUGCAUCAUGAACUGUUCAUUAUUUGUGGGAAAAUAAAGUGGUCUUUCGUGGUGAUAA